GAUGGUUUAAGUGAUUUACCUCUCCCUGCAACAGACGCCUAUGGCCUGGCAAUAACUAUCGUAGUAUGUAACAGUAUUGCAAUACAAUAACAGACAACAAUUUAAUAAUAUUAUAAUAAUAUAGUUAAUACUUUGAUGUAUGUACCUACUAUGUUACGAAUUUUCAAAAUAGAAUAAUAUACGUUUUCAUUUGGUACUAACUAAACCGGGUGGAAUAUGCUUGUCAGGUAACGUCGUAGAUGGAAUCAAUUUAUAGUGUCUACAGCUAUGGUGGUCGAUCAAUGAUUCAAAUGGUUAAUGACAUUUUUUUCCUCAUCAAUCACACAGCCUUGUAUUGUUUUACUAGUGUUUUGUGUACCUACCUUUAGACAUCAACUAUCCGCGAUGAAGUAGGAUACAAAUGUAACCUCACAAUCAGCCAAAGAUUGAAAAAAUAAUGUAUAAUAAUAGAUAUACAAACCAAAAUGACCGAGGUCAAAAUAACCAGCAUAGAAGAUUCAGAACAAAUCCAUCAGUAAAUGCAGAAAACGAUAAAUUUGAUUUUAAGUCAUCUAAGCAAACUGAACGGUCACAGCCCAGUAGUUCUAAUACAAAAGAACAAUGGAGAAAACAACAGAAAUCACCAAAUAGACAAGAACGAUGGGGAAAAAAUCAAAAUUUUGGAAAUAGACAAGAAAAUUGGAGACCACAAUAUAAUUCAGAAAAUAGACAAGAACAAUUAAAUUUCAAACAAAACUCUGAAAAUAGACAAGAUAGAUGGGGAGGAAAAAAAAUUGAGCAAAAUGAGUAUCCUGAUAAUGGCACUACUGAAAAUAAAAUUAUAAACAAGUAUAGUUUUGGAUUUAAACGCCUCGAAGAAUUAUGUAGCAAGGACCCAUCUGAGAUUGUAUUUGUGAUGUCAAAUAAAGUUAAUGGAUUCAUGGACUUAUUUAAACAAAAUAAAGAACCAGAUUGGAUUUUUUUGCUUAUGAAAGUAUCGGCUAAGAUUUGUUCUACUGAAUUAAUACAAAGCAAAACAUUCUUACUAACAGAACUUAUAUGUAAUCAAUUUUUUGAUCACCUAAAAACAUAUAUAUUGAGUACACCAACAGAAAAAAACUUAAAUCGAUGCAACAAUAUGAAUAUAUUUUAUGAAGAUUGUUUAGUUGUGUUUCUAUCAAUAACUACAUUAUUUCCAAAAACAGCAGAAGAAAAAUUAAAGGAAAUCAUAGUAAGUAGUAAUAUUGCUUUAAAUGGUAUUAAAAGUUAUUGUAAUCAUAUAAAAAUUAAUAAAACUACAGUAGUUAAAAUGAAUGAAUUGCUAGAUAAACUCAACGCUACUGUCUUAACAGAGGAAUUGAAAUUAAAAGAAAAAUUAGUUAUUGAAAAUAUUGCCCAACUCAUGCCUCCACCUGAAAAUUUUAGAGAACUAACUGUAUAUCCAACCGCAAUUGAUCUUGAAUGUGGAGAACGAUUUUUACGACCUAAUAUCUCCAAAGGAGCUUAUCAGAAUGUUGAACACUAUUUAGACGUUCAAUUUCGUCUUUUACGUGAAGAUUUUAUUGCUCCUCUAAGAGAAGGUAUACAAUUUUAUAAAGAAACAAUAAAUGAUGAACGUCAACAUCAGCGUCGAAAAAAGAUUAAUAAUAUCCGUAUAUAUUGUGACAUUGAAUUUGAAAAAAAAGGUGAAUUUGUUCGUGAUAAAUAUGGUUAUCUAGUAAACUUCGACAAAAAAAAAAAAUUAAGAAUCAACUGGGAAAUGGCAAAACGAUUUAUGUAUGGAUCUUUAUUACUGUUUUCCGAAAAUCAUUUUAAAACUUUUUUUUUGGGCAUUGUUUUGGAGCGAAAGAUUGAACUUUUGACACAAGGUAAAUUAAUUGUGGAAUUAUUAGAAGAUGAAAAACCUAUAUUUAAUACAUCUCUUACUAUGGUAGAGAGUGAAGUGUUUUUUGAACCUUAUAAAUGUUCAAUGGAAGUUCUUAAAAAUAUUAAUAGUCAUAGUUUCCCUAUGGAAAAGUAUAUAAUAUCAGCUUGUAAUAAAAUAGACUAUCCAUAUUAUAUUGACAUGUUACCUGAACUCACUUACUAUGAAAUUGAUAAACUAGCCAAAUUCCAAGUACUGAGUCAAAAUCAAUGGCCUACUAAAGAACAGCUAGGACUUGAUGAAAUGCAAUUUGGAGCAUUUAGAGCGGCGUUGACACAUGAAUUUACAGUUAUUCAAGGGCCACCGGGUACUGGAAAAACGUUCAUUGGAUUGAAAAUUAUGAAAACAAUUAUUAAUAAUUUAUACGACAAGCCAUUUCUUACCAAACCAAUUUUAGUUGUAUGUUACACAAAUCAUGCUUUAGAUCAGUUUAUGGAAGGUAUAUUGAGUUUCACAAACAAAGUUAUAAGAAUUGGAGGUCAAUCUAAGUCAGAAAUAAUAGAAAAAUAUAGUUUAAGGAAUAUAUCUCGUAUGUACAGAAGAUCCAUAACAACUAAUAGAGGUCUUCAGAAUAUUGGCGAUCAAGUCAAAACUACUAUGGAGAACAUAAAAUAUUUUAAGAAAUGUAGUGAAGUUGUAUCAUAUAAUGCCGGGAUAUUAGAAUUAUCAUUGUUGAAAAAUGGUAUGCCCAAACAAUAUCAUAAUUUUUUUAAAACUACUUUGGACCUUCUAUCUUGGUUAUUUCAAGAUUUUGAUUAUUUUAGUGUAGAUCCAAUUGGGUUUAUAACUGGAAUUAGCAAUGAGUUGAUUAAUAGGGUUUAUAAUUCAGAACAAUUGUUAGAAAUUAAAAAUGAAGUGGUUGAAGAUGAUGAUGAAGAAAAGCGAUAUGAACCAGAUUACUUAGAUCUAGAACAUAACAAUAAAGAUAUUGUAAUUUAUAGUAUAACAUUAGACGACAUAAAAAAUGCUUGCAAAGAACUACUUGAGGAGAGUAUGCGAUUAGAGAAUCUAUCAAAUAAAAGUGUACAUUUUUUUAAUGAAUCUGAAGAAGCCAAAUUCAAUUUUGGUGUAAUGGAAAAAGUACAUGAUUAUUUUGAAUACAUGUUGAAUUUAAUUGAUACUGAUAUUGAACUACCACGAACAAUAAAAGAUAUAUACGUGUUAAAUAUGAGACAAAGAUGGUCUUUAUAUUUUAGUUGGGUAAAAGAAACAAAAGAGAUGUUCAAUCCCAAAAUAAUAGAUUAUGAACAAAAGUAUACUCAAGUUUAUAAGCAAUAUGCUGAAUUAAGAGAAUUGGAAAAUGUAGAGCUUCUAAAUAAGAUGCAUGUAAUAGCAUUAACUACUACUGGUGCUGCUAAACACAGAAUAAUGUUAGAAGGAUUAGAGUCACCUAUUGUGGUCGUUGAAGAAGCUGCCGAAGUUUUGGAGGCACACAUUGUCUCUUCUUUAACAAGUCACUGCCAACAUCUAAUAUUAAUAGGUGACCAUAAGCAACUACGUCCUAGUAAUGCAGUUUACAAAUUGGCAAAAGAUUUUAAUUUUGAUAUUUCAUUAUUUGAACGUAUGGUCAAUAAUGAAGUUCCUUGUUACACGUUGGGCGAACAACAUAGAAUGCGCCCUGAAAUUGCAUCUCUAAUAACUCCAUCAAUAUACAAUGAAUUGAAAAAUCAUAUUUCAGUUCACAAUAGAGAACACAUUCGUGGUGUUACCAAAGAUGUAUUCUUCCUAAAUCAUAAUUUAUAUGAAAACGAAGUUGAGGAAAUUUCAAGCAAAAGUAAUGAUCAUGAAGCUAGAUUUUUAAUUAUGUUUGCUAGACAUUUAAUAUUACAAGGAUACAAAACUGACCAAGUGACAAUAUUAACGACUUACAGUGGUCAAUUAUUUCAAAUUCGUUCAUUAAGAAAAAAACAUGCAAUAUUAGAAGGGAUGAAAAUCACGGUGGUAGAUAAUUAUCAAGGAGAAGAAAGUGACAUAAUUUUGCUAUCAUUAGUUAGAAGCAAUGAAAAGGGAAAUGUAGGAUUUUUGAAAACUGAGAACAGAAUAUGUGUUGCUUUAUCAAGAGCCAAGUAUGGACUUUACAUAAUGGGGAACAUGGAUAAUUUGUACAAUUCUGGAAAUUUGUGGAAACAAAUAAAAGAAACAUUAGUAAAUCAGGGUUCAUAUGGUGAUGAAUUGACUUUAGAAUGUGCUGUUCAUUCUGGUAUUAUGACAAAGGUUGCAAAAAGUGAAGAUUUUAAUAUUAUUAUGGAAGGUGGUUGUUCCAUGUUGUGUAAAUCGUUGCUAUUGUGUGGUCAUUAUUGUUCAAGUGUAUGUCAUUCUUAUGACCGUGAUCAUUUAGAAUUGAAAUGCAGGGAACCGUGUAACAAGUUCUGUGAUUAUAACCAUCCUUGUAAAAAAACGUGUUACAUGGAUUGUGGAGAUUGUCUUGUGCUAUUGAACAAAGAGUUACCGUGUGGUCACGAAUUAACAUUACGAUGUUUUGUUGAUGUUCUUACAUAUCCGUGUGAAGAAAUGGUAAAAGUUUUCCUAGAAAUAUGUGGUCAUACAAUUUUUAAAAAAUGUCAUGACAAAAAACCCAUCUGUUCAUAUAAAUGUAUAGAUCGAUUAGAUUGUGGUCAUGCUUGUGAAAAAAAUUGCCACAAGGAUGAUGAUCCAGAUCAUGAAGAGUAUAAAUGCUUAAAACCUUGUGCAAAUAUAAACAAAAUGUGCUCUCUAAGUCACAAAUGUCAAAAGAUGUGCUAUGAAGACUGCUCAUUGUGUACUGUUAAAAUUAAGAAAGUUUUGCCUUGUGGACACACAAAGAAUGAUGUACCUUGUGGAUUAAAUAUUAAUGACAUUAAAUGUAUUCUUCCAUGUACCCGUAAAUUAGCAUGUGUCCAUAAAUGUCAAUCUAAAUGCUAUGAAAAAUGUAAACCUUGUGAAAAUCAAGUAGUAAAAGUUAUACCAGACUGUGGCCAUUCAAUUACAAUGAAAUGUAAAACUUUACCAGAACGUAAACUUUGCACUAAGAAAUGUAACCGAAUUUUAGCUUGUGGGCAUAUGUGUAAGAAUUUAUGUGCAGAAGAAUGUACAACUAAAGAUUGUGAGGAAAUAGUGUUGCAAAAAAAUAGUAAACUUGCUUGUGGCCAUAACCAAGUUUGGGUUUUAUGUUGUGACAAAGAUAAAGAGUUCAGACUAGACAGCCAAUAUCUACUUGAUAAAUGCCGUGAACCAUGUUUACAGAAAUUAAACUGUAACGAUAUUUGUUUGGGCACAUGUGGAGAAUGUAAACAAGGACGCAUACAUGUACCAUGUAGUGAAAUUUGUAACAAGAUAAACCCAUGCAAUCAUACAUGUAAAUUCCCUUGUAAAGAACGAUGUCCACCUUGUAAUCAGAAAUGCAUUUAUUCUUGUGUGCAUUCUAGAUGUACUCGUCUGUGUGGUGUUCCAUGUGUACGGUGCAAGGAAAAAUGUGAGUGGAAGUGUCCACAUUUGAAAUGUACCAGAAAAUGUUUUGAAUUAUGUAAUCGCCAUCCAUGUUAUGAGCCUUGCAAGUUCAAGUUGAAUUGUGGGCAUGAUUGUAUAGGUUUUUGCGGUGAACCGUGUCCUCCCCUAUGUCGCAUUUGUCAAGAAGAUGAAGUUACUACAAUAGUUUUUGGCAAUGAAGAUGAACCAAAUGCAAGGUUUGUUUAUUUAGAAGAUUGUGAACACACUAUAGAAUCUGAAGCUUUAACACAAUGGAUGAACCAAAAUGAUGAAGAAAUAUGUUUGAAACAGUGUCCGUUAUGUAAAACACCAAUUCUAAAAACCCAACGUUUUAUGAACCAAGUAAAAGUUAUAUUAGAAGACAUAUCUAAUAUAAAAACGAAGCAAUAUGGAGAACUAUCUGUAAUCCGCGGCAACACAAAAACAAUAAUCAAUUCAUUAAAAUCCUUGAAUAAUAAUUUUUUUUCAUAUUAUAUUUGUGAUACAAAUCAUAGAUAUCAUAGAAUCAAAAAUUUAUGGGAUACAUUUUGCAAGCCUUUAUUAGUAUCUUUGAAUAAUAAACGUUCAAAGUUCUCUUUACCUGCCAAGGACAUUGAAUCAUUACAUUUUGUCAUUGAUUUGUUUAAAUCUACUUCAAAGUAUAAAAAUAGAAUUCAAGAAAUCAAAGAUGUCCAAAGAAAAGAAUCGAUUAUUAAUCACUUUGAUUGGAUUCUUUCUGUUGCAUUUACUUAUGCGCAGCAGUUGUCAAAUCAGCAAAAAUUUGAUAUCAACAUGGAGAUGGCGCGUGGUGCAAGGAUUAUGAGUUUAUUUGAGAUCAUGUCCAAUACAAAAUUUCAGAUGGCACAAAAUGAUUUGUACAAUUCUUAUGCUGUGGAGUUAAAAGACUUAGUUGGAAAUAUGGAAGCUCUAUUAAUGUCUUGUAAAAUAUACACUGUUGACAGAGAUACAGAAAUACAAAUGUUUACUGAAUUAAUUGAUGAGAAAUUUGAUGGACUUGCAAUUAUAACUGAUGAAGAAAGACAGAUGAUUCAUGCCGCUAUGUCCGUCAAUUUUAUAGGAGGCAUUAAAGCUCAAGGGCAUUGGUGUAAAUGUCCGAAUGGCCAUAUUUAUUGUGUUACAGAAUGUGGAGGGCCAAUGCAGAAAUCGGUUUGUCCUGAAUGUAAAGUGGAAAUUGGCGGACAGAGUCACAGACAUGUUUCAGGGAUUACUGUAGCAUCAGAAAUGGAUGGCGCAAGAAAUCUUAUGUACCAAAGACCACAAGAAUAAUAAGGAUACCUAUUUAUUCAGAAAAUACUAUUUUAACAGUUUAAUUUUACAAAGAUUCAAUGUUAUAUUUGGAUUUAAUUAAUUUUUUCAUAAUAUAAUUUUUUCAUGUUUAAAACAAUAAUCUAAGGAAAAUUGUGGAUAAGAGCAUAAGUGUGUAGUAUACAAGACUACCUGCCUUUAUCACUUUUAAUACAAUAUAUUGACAAAUCCCAAAAAA